AUGGCUCCAUGCGCACUGUUUCCUGUCACAGGGAACUCUGGCUCUGUGGCUACCGAGAUCCCAGAUGGGCAGUUUGGGAAAUGUCAGUGUGAGACACACCAUGCUAAGAGCAGCCUGUACCAGAUCCUUCACAAGGAGCACGAAAGUGAGGCCAAGUGGCACCAGCAGUAUCGCAGUCCCCACUGCUUCACGGGAAGAAAGGCAGACAGGAGAAGAGUUGUCCUGAAAACGCCAGAAGCUACAUGCAGGAGAGCUUCUGAAGUGCUCUUGAAGACUUUAUCUUUUAUUAGUAACUUGACUUCUUUUUAUCAUGUGCCUUGGGAGGAUCAGCUUGUCCUCAUACAGCAGAACUGGGCCCCUCUUCUUGUCCUGAGCAUAGCACAGGAAGAAGUGGAUUUUGACCUGAGAGAGAUUUCAGCCCCUAGUUUAUUGAAAAAAAUCCUCCUCAAUCAGUCUUGGACUGCUAGCAAUGAACUGGGCAGCUCGUCGCUGGGAACAUCUUUAGUAGAAGUUCAGAAGAUGAAGAAUUUAUUGUGGAAAUUCUGGGACCUGAACAUAAGUGUGAAAGAAUAUGCCUAUCUUAAAGGAAUUAUUCUGUUCAAUUCUGGAUGCCAUGUUCUAAAAUGUCAAACACUACAGCAGGAAGCUCAGCAAGCCUUGAUGGAGUUUAUCUCAACAAUGUUCCAUAGAAACCUAGGCAGGUUUGCUUGGAUUCUUCAGCUAAUCGCCUCUCUUCAAAACAUUGAUGCAGAUGCUAUUGAAGAGCUCUUCUUCUUCAGGCCCAUCCUAGGAGAGGCCACCCUAAAUGUAUUACUUCUAGAAACCCUAUAUAUAAAGCCAGACUGGCUUUGA